AAAAAGAAAGAACGAAAGCACAACUCAGUCAGUGCUUAUCAAAAAAAAGAAAAAAAAAAAAAAGAACAACUCAGAUUUAGUCAUUAUAAAAUAGGAAACAAGUGAUAAAAAAGGACUAAAUGAGUAAUUCCCAAAUAAAAGAACAUUUAUAGCAAAAGAUACCCUUUCUCCAAUAAGAGUUUUAAUGUUAAAAGAAAACUAAACUCAGCAAAUUUACUAUAAAAAUAUAUAUAAUGUUGCUCUCUUCUUUUCAAAAAUCUUUCUUCCCUUUCUUGGUGAUUGAUCAUGUUCUCCUUGUUUAAGUACCCUAGUCAUAUUUACAUAUAAACGAAAAAACAGUUGGACCCUUUCAUCAUCUCGAGAGAAAGGAGGGAUAUUAUUAUUAAAGCUUAGAUUAGUUAGUCAAGAUUCAAGAAGUAGCAGAGAUUUAAUUAGCUAAUGGAGCAGUUGCAAGUGCAUUAUUAUUAUUACUCCAAGAUGGUUUGCAUGCUCUUUUGGCUUGGGUUUGCUUUUCUGUCGAUGGCAAUCAUCACUGUCCAAGGAAAAGCAGGCAAUGUAACAUACGAUGGGAGGUCUUUAAUCAUCAAUGGUGAACAUCGAAUUCUCUUCUCUGGUUCCAUUCAUUAUCCCCGUAGCACUCCUGAGAUGUGGCCAUCUUUAAUAUCCAAAGCCAAGGAAGGAGGUGUGGACGUUAUACAGACUUAUGUAUUUUGGAACAUGCACGAACCCACACAAGGGCAGUAUGAUUUUGAUGGAAGAAAGGAUCUAGUGAAGUUUUUACUGGAAGUCCAGGCACAAGGUCUAUAUGCUGCCCUAAGAAUUGGUCCCUUCAUUGAGGGUGAAUGGACAUACGGGGGACUACCAUUUUGGUUGCAUGACGUCUCAGGCAUCGUCUUCCGAUCUGAUAAUGAACCUUUCAAGAAACACAUGCAAAGAUUUGUAACCAAAAUAGUAAACAUGAUGAAGUACAACCAACUUUACGCCUCACAGGGAGGGCCAAUCAUAAUAUCACAGAUUGAGAAUGAGUACCAGAACGUUGAAACAGCAUUUCAUGAAAAAGGAUCAAGGUAUGUUCAUUGGGCGGCAAACAUGGCUGUGAGGCUGAAUACUGGCGUUCCUUGGGUGAUGUGUAAGCAAACUGAUGCUCCUGAUCCAGUGAUUAACACAUGCAAUGGAAUGCGAUGUGGAGAAACAUUUGCAGGACCCAACUCGCCAAAUAAACCAUCAAUGUGGACAGAAAACUGGACAAGUUUCUAUCAAGUUUUUGGUGGAGAGCCCUACAUCAGAACAGCUGAAGACAUAGCAUUUCAUGUUGCUUUAUUCAUUGCCAGAAAUGGAAGCUACGUGAACUAUUACAUGUACCAUGGAGGAACCAAUUUUGGAAGAACGGGCUCUGCAUUUGUAACAACAAGUUACUAUGAUCAAGCCCCGCUUGAUGAGUACGGUUUGAUUAGGCAACCUAAAUGGGGCCAUCUUAAGGAUCUCCAUGCCAAAAUAAAGUCAUGCUCAAAGACUUUAAUUAGAGGAACACAUCAAACUUUUCCUUUGGGUCGACUACAAGAAGCUUAUGUUUUUAGAGAGAAGUCAGGGGACUGUGUGGCCUUUCUGGUAAACAAUGAUGGGAGACGAGAUGUCACAGUCCGCUUCCAGAAUAGGUCAUAUGAGUUGCCUCAUAAGUCGAUCAGCAUUCUACCAGACUGCAAGUCCAUAACUUUCAAUACAGCAAAGGUAAACACACAAUAUGCUACAAGGUCAGCUACAUUGAGCCAGGAGUUCAGCUCAGUAGGAAAAUGGGAAGAAUACAAAGAAACUGUUGCUACAUUUGACAGUACUUCUUUAAGAGCAAAAACCUUGUUAGAUCACCUGAGCACAACCAAAGAUACAUCUGACUACCUUUGGUACACUUUCAGAUUUCAAAAUCAUUUCUCUCGUCCUCAGUCUACAUUACGAGCGUACUCACGUGGACACGUUUUGCAUGCAUAUGUUAAUGGAGUAUAUGCUGGAUCUGCUCAUGGAAGUCACGAAAGUACAAGCUUCACCCUAGAGAAUUCGGUUCGUCUUAAAAAUGGGACAAACAAUGUUGCCUUACUAAGUGUAACAGUCGGAUUACCGGAUUCAGGAGCAUAUCUUGAACGUAGGGUUGCUGGAUUACAUAGGGUAAGAAUUCAGAACAAGGAUUUCACUACUUACUCAUGGGGAUAUCAGGUUGGGUUGUUAGGAGAGAAGUUACAGAUUUACACAGAUAAUGGAUUGAACAAAGUAAGUUGGAAUGAGUUUAGAGGCACUACUCAACCUCUCACAUGGUAUAAGACUCAAUUUGAUGCACCAGCAGGGAGUGACCCAAUUGCACUGAAUCUUCACUCCAUGGGAAAGGGGGAAGCUUGGGUAAACGGACAAAGCAUAGGCCGGUAUUGGGUUUCUUUUAGUACUUCCAAAGGAAAUCCUUCCCAAACAAGGUAUCAUAUACCUCAAUCUUUCGUCAAACCAACUGGCAACCUAUUGGUUCUACUAGAAGAAGAGAAAGGAUACCCCCCUGGAAUAACUGUAGACUCUAUUUCAAUCUCAAAAGUAUGUGGGCAUGUGUCUGAAUCACACAAGUCUGUAGUUCAACUUAGUUGCCCUCCAAACAGGAACAUUUCCAGGAUCCUGUUUUCAAGCUUUGGAACUCCCGAGGGUAACUGUAAUCAGUAUGCCAUUGGAAAGUGCCAUUCAUCCAAUUCCAGAGCCAUUGUGGAAAAAGCCUGUAUAGGGAAGACAAAGUGUAUAAUCCUGCGAUCCAAUAGAUUUUUUGGUGGUGACCCAUGUCCAGGCAUCCGUAAAGGUCUGCUAGUUGAUGCCAAAUGCACGUGACAGACAAGGAGCUCCUGAUUAAGUCAUUCAACAAGUAUUUGAAUUCAAUUUUUUAAUGUUAGAUGUGGACGGACAAUGAUUCAUUUAUGUAGGUGUCAUCAUUAGUCUAGAUAGCUUUAGUCCUGAUAUCAGACUCUUCAUCUAUUUCUUGUAUACAUCUUUUUUCACUGCUUAUGAAUUUUUACCUACAGGAAAGGAAGAGAAAAAGAAAAAAAAUUUCAGAGUGUUAA